AUGAAAUGCUAUCACUCGCUGCCGCUAUCACUCACUGUUGAUCGCCAUGCUUUUCAAGUGGUUUAUUCUCCUUUAUUCAAAUUUGGUUAUUUUUUGGAUGAAGUAAUUACAACUUGUUUCGUGGAAGUUGCCAUACAUGACGAAAACAAAAAGCGUCCAAAUGUGGGUCCAAAUUAUUGUUUAGAUAUGAGCCCAGAUACAUGCGGAGCCUUAUUCAACAAACUGAGAGAUACUUAUGUCACCAAUCUCAAUCCGUAUGCAUUUUUCGAUCUCAUAUAA